AUUUUUUUCUAGCACUAUCUUAUGAACACUAUUAUAAUUAAAAAUAUUCAAUUUUGUUUUUGAUUUUUUAAGUUUGUUUAUAGUUACCGUCUACCUACAAUAUUGAUAAAAGGUCAAGGUGAUGGAUCUUCUCUUCACUGCCAAUAAAUACACCUCUGAUUAAUUUUCAAUAAUUUUAUAUGAUCAUGCAAAAAUGGAAAAAAACUACCUAUAUGAUGGCCAUUUACUUGUUUUUACUCGAACUUCGGCCACUAGAUCCAUUUACGACGGCUUAUUUAUUAGGACCAGAUGCAAACUUGUCUCUGAACGAGAUAGCCACAUCGAUUGAGUACAUCAAAACAUAUGCUUCGCUGUUUACGUCAGUGUUAAUGUUUAUGACUGCUGACUACUUUCUGUACAAGCCAAACAUUAUAUUUUUGACCGUUUGUCCAUGUAUUUCCUAUUUUUUAAUGACUGGGUCGCCCAGUUUAACGCAGUUGAGGGUGUCUGCAUUUGGUAUUGGGGCAAUAUACAGCGGUGAUAUGAUGGGACUCUGUUAUUUGUAUGCCAAAAUUGACGUUGAAAAAUAUCAGAUGGCCACCGGUAUUGUUACGGCUGCCAUACAACUUGGUAAAGUUGUUGGAGACGUUUCAGCUCAAAUCACAGUCAACGCAACCGGAGGGAUUUAUACUAUCCUGCCAUAUUUCAACGUAUUCAGUUUGUUGUUAGCUUCAGUCUGGGCUAGUUUUUUUCCAUCGAUUGAACGGAAAAAUGGUAAGCUUAAGUCUAAGGAGACGUGUGAAAAAUCAUCACUUCUUGAGUAUGAUGUAGAAAAUAAAACGAAACAUUUUGAACAAAACCGAAAUACAAUUGAGAUUGAUAAAGAACAUAAAACAGUGGUAUUUUUCUCGGAAGAAAUAUGGAUAAAUUUCAAAUCUUCAUAUUCCAAUCCAAUUGUACUGAAAAAAAGUUUAUGGUAUAUAAUGGGUAUGGGAGCGCAAAUUCUGGUUUUAUCUAACAUAAACGUUUUGUAUUCGUACGUGGUAAAAAAACCAGGAAAUCAUGAUAAAUUGUCAAAUGGACUUGCCGAAGCAAUGGUUACAUUAAGUGGAGCCGCGGGGGCGUAUCUAAUUGGAAAAAUAAAAUGUGAUUGGACGCGUUAUGGUGACAUAUUCACAGCGUUUUGCUCUAUUGUCAUGGGAACGCUAAUGAUGUCAUGUUAUUUUUAUAAUAGACUCAUUUUUAUAUAUUUGACAUACGUUUUAUAUGGUUUAAUAUGUCAAAUGCAUUUUGUCGUAGUAUACUCCGAAAUUGCAAAACACCUAAAAAAACAAUGUUAUUCUCUAGUAAUAGAAUUCAAUUUUUUUGCAUCUUUAAUUUUGGUUUCUUUUUUGACAUUAAUUCUGAUUCAAUAUAAUUUCAUGGGUAUUACUAUUCCGGAAGGGUAAGUUAAAAAUUUUACUCAAACUUCAUGCAUGCGUAUAAACUAUAAAGUGGUAGUUAAUAUAUAAUAGUAAUUAAUUAUAAUAUUUAUUAUUUUCAGUUUUUGGUCAUUGGUGGUUUAUAUUCAACGCUAGGUAUCAUAUUUUUGUUUAUUUAUUUAUUUGAGAUUGGAAAAAAAUAAAACAUUAUAUUGGCUAGUGGCUAUAGUAAAA